ACAAUUAGGCCACCAUAAAAUAAAAUAAAAAGUUUCAAAAGAAACUGCCUCAUCCUCCUCAUCCUCCUCAUCCUCCUAUUCAAGCGCGACCUCGAGUCCCUAUCGUGCAGCACAACACGCGCAGGAAUGGCUGCGGCACGAGACCGGGAUUUAAUGCAAUAAUUCAACAUUUCCCGUCAGUUCCCAUGGUCUGCGAUUUGGAGGAAGUAUUCCGAGAUCUUUUUAUGUCCCCUCCAGCACUUUUGUUUGAGUACUCGGUCUCUUUAAUGUCUAAAUCCAUGGCUUUUGUUUGAGAAGACAACGGAGAGUAACCAGGAAAGAAACACCCAAAUUGUCCGACCGUCUCUCUCUCCAGGAAAGUGAUUUAUUCGUCUCGUCGACUGCUGAAGGAUGUCGUCUGCAAGGGUUGAUUAUAUCGCUCCUUGGUGGACUUACUGGCUUCACGAGUUUCCUCACGUGAAUCUAAGGUUUCAGCCGUUGGACCACACGUUUAAACCGCAAGACGAGAACUACCAGCAGUCACUCAUCUUCCUGGGCUGUGUAGCAGCAGCUGGGCUCGGUGUGAACCUGCUGUGUCUGGCCAUCUACCUGAGCUGCCUGUGCUGCUGUCGGAAGGAUGAGGAGGAAGAGGAAAGUAAGAAAUCCAACUCUUGCUGUGUCACUUGGGCUGCUGUUGCUGCCGGACUCAUCUGCUGUGUUGCCGUGGGAGUUGGUUUCUAUGGAAACAGUGAAAUCAAUGAUGGGGUGUACCAGCUGACCUAUUCUCUCUAUAAUGUCAAUCACACACUGGCGGGAGUGGACAGUUUGAUCACUGGUAAUGUGGGAGGCAUGCAGAGCGGCCUGAACGAGCACUUGUCUCGACUGGGUGAGAUCUUUGCAGCACGAGGAGACUUUGUGCAGACACUGCAGUUCAUGCAACAGAUGUCAGAAAACAUCAUUAAGCAGCUGCUUGGGCUUCCUGACUGGGAAAAGGCAAAAGUAGACCUGGCCGCCAUAGCUGAUCAGACAGCAUAUGUGGAAUAUUACAGAUGGUUGAUAUACCUCCUGAUACUGAUCUUGGAUCUGGUCAUCUGUCUUGCUGCUUGUUUGGGCCUGGCCAAACAGUCCCGCUGGCUGCUCACUACGAUGAUGGUCUGCGGUGUUCUGACUCUGAUAUUGAGUUGGGCAUCUCUCGGAGCUGAUGUGGCCACUGCAGUGGGCACAAGUGAUUUCUGUGUUGCACCAGACAAAUUUCUGAUGAACCAAACAAAAGAUGUGAUGAGCUCAGAUAUUGUGCAUUAUUACCUGUACUGCAGCCAGACGCUCCCCAACCCGUUUCAGCAGGUCUCAGAUAUUGUGCAUUAUUACCUGUACUGCAGCCAGACGCUCCCCAACCCGUUUCAGCAGCUUUUCCUGUCUUGUUUUGACAGGAACCAGUCUGCGCUGUUUGGAGGAAACCCGCGCUAUGAGAACGUGCCUCUGAUCGGGAGGGGAUCUCCUCCUCCUUCGGAGAAAAAUCUUACCGGCCCCAAACUUUUAAAUAAUUGUGUAAACAAUGCUUCUCUUUCUUUCCACAGAGAAAGAGAUUACGAUGACAUUGAUGACGGGGACCCGUUUAACCCUCAGAGCCGGCGAAUGGCGUCCCACCAUUCACAGCAGGGCAACAUGCACAGCUUCUGCAGCUACAGUAGCAGCAUGGGCAGCCAGACCAGCCUGCACCCUCCAACACAGGCUUUGACCAACGCACCCCUGUCAGAAUAUAGGAACCAGUCUGCGCUGUUUGGAGGAAACCCGCGCUAUGAGAACGUGCCUCUGAUCGGGAGGGGAUCUCCUCCUCCUUCGCUUUACUCUCAGCCAUAUAGAAACCGCUACUCUCCAACCAUGAGAGCCACCUACCUCUCCAUGACCGAAGACCAGAUCAGACACUUUGGGGAGGAUUUCCGAGCGUAGAACUGAUCUGUUGUCCUCUGGUGUGAGUCUUCACUCGCUGGAAAUAAGGACACAUGGAAAACACUCACGCCAGCAUGCGUGCACGCCCAUCUUAAAGGAGCACAGUCUGAAAGUCGGAAUGUCAUUUUAAGAGCACUCAGUGUGUGUCCGUACGGUUGCUGGCAUGCAUGUGUGUUUGUCAAUCAUUCUGAUGGUGCGACGCUUCUUUUCCCUCAAUACUGACACAUUUGUGAGGUGCUGAAAUAUCCUCUCUCUAAUAAUCUGUUUUAUUUGUACAUUUACACCGUAUUUUUCGACUGUUGGUCUUCCCUAUUGCCUUUUCAACUGCCGAAACUGUUCGACGUGGGUAACAAAAACUAUUUUGGAGCCACUUUAUAUUAAAUGUCUUUAACUACUACAGUACGUACUAACAUUUAAAUUAAUCAUUUGAUGCAUUGCAC